UGGAGGCAAAAUCGGCGGGAACUCUUGAACCGGUGGAGGUAAAAUCGAAGGGAGAUCCUGAACCGGUGGAGGUAAAAUGGGAGGGAUGUCUUGAACCGGUGGAGGUAGAAUUGGCGGGAAAUCUUGAACCGGUGGAGGCAAAAUCACGGGAAGGACUGGUGGCGAAGGUGCUGACUGGUCAAUUGGUGGCUCGAUGGUUACAUCAGGUGGUGGAAACUCCGGCGUAGAUUGGUCAGGCGGAGAUGGGAUCAAUGGUUGUCCGAUGACAAUGUCCGGUGGCAAAUUGUCUGUCGGUGGAGGGAGUAAUGAAGGGCUAACCGGCGCGGGUGGUGGAGUUCCGGUAUUAAUAGCCGGCGGGAAUUGUGCAGCUGGUGGCGUUAAUGUAGAACGGUCUAAUGGCGGAGGAAGAAGGAAAACUGGAGAUGGCGGUGGUGAUCCGGUGGUUAUAUCAGGCGGCGAAAACCAUGUGAUUGGUGGCAUGGGCGGGAUGUCGGCGACCAACGGCGGAGGAGGUGUACCAGUAGUUCCUGGGGCUCCGGAGCCUAAAAGAGGAGGCGGAGGAGGUGAUUCAGUGGUUCCCGGAGCGCCGCCGCCUAAAAGAGGAGGAGGAGGUGAACCAAUGAUACCCGGAGCUCCGCCGCCUAAAAGAGGAGGAGGAGGAGGUGAACCGAUGAUUCCUGGAGCUCCACCGCCUAAAAGAGGAGGAGGAGGUGAAGCGAUUAUUCCCGGCGCUCCACCGCCUAGAAGAGGAGGAGGUGAACCGAUUAUUCCCGGAGCUCCGCCGCCGAAAAGAGGAGGAGGAGGUGAACCGGCAAUUCCCGGAGCUCCACCGCCUAAAAGAGGAGGUGGUGUGAACGUGAACGGCGGCUGUGAAACCGAAGCGCCAGGUUGAGGCGGUGGCGGAGAUAACACUAAAGGGAGGGAAGGUGGUGGAAGAGAGGAAGAUAAUGGUGGGGGAAGAGGCGCAGACGGCGGAGGAAGUGGUAGCACCGGAGUAGGCGUUGGUAGGAUUGGAACCGGAGAAGGCGUUACUGAUGGUGAUGGUGGUGGCAGAUUUGGAAAUAAAGGUGGUAAUGGAGGGAGUAGAAUCGGUGUAGGGACAAAUGGAAUAACCGGCGGUAAUGGUGGUGGUGUAGCCGGUGCCGUGGUACAAGUAAUGCAAGGCUCAGGAGGAGGCGGUGGUGGUGGCGGAAACCAUAACGGCGGUGGCUGUAUCGUUGGAUCCAAGCCCGGUUGCGGCGGCGGAGGAGACGGAACCAACGGUGGUGGGAACGCUAUCACUGGUGGUGGUGGCGAAGGGAACAAGAAAAACGGUGGCGGAGAGGGAGGAGGAGGCGAAGGAACGAGCGGCGGAGGCGGAGGUGGUGGUGGGGACGGAACUAACGGCGGUGGAUUCGGCCUUGGACGCGGUCUUGGACGUGAUGGUGGACGCGGUGGUGGUGGAGACGGAACCAACGGAGGCGGAUACGGCCUUGGACGCGGUCUUGGACGCGGUGGUUGGAAAGGGAGAAAAGGGUUUUCCGGUGAAGGUGUUGUAGGAAAAGUCCAAUGGCCACAGAUUCCGAACAAGUAUUUGUACAGUGGAUCGCAGUUUCUGCGUCCACGAUUCUGACCGCCACCACUGCGUCUUCCUCUGUUUAUUUGUGUUUGCUCCUUUAUGGCUACUGCUUCGGCGUUUGCGUUCUCUUCAUGAUCUGAUGUGGACUCUGUUGUGUGAGUGAUUAAAGGGAGUAGUGAAAACAAAAAUCCAAUCACAAGAAGAUUUUUUGCUUUCAUCAUCUUUUUCUGUUUACUUUUUGUUCUCUUCUUCUUUUGAUACAGAGCU